ACGCCGGGCCGCGCCGCAGCUGCCGCCACCCCCAACUGUCCCGCACUGGCCGCCACUUCACCACGAUGGCGUCCGAGCGCAGCAUGUCGAUCAACAGCGACAGGACCGUCGGGAAGGCGGCUGGGCAGGCGGGCCUCAGUCCGAUGGUGGCCUCAGUCUUCAUCACCGGCAUGGUGGCCGGCAGCGGCAUGCUGGCGCUGGCCAACGCCGUCAAGCUCACUGGCUACAUCGGCAUGGUGCUACUGGUGUACUUCGGUGCCAACUCGGCCUUCUGCGGCUACACGCUGUCGCGCUGCUGGCUGAUUGUUGAGUCGCGCUACCCAGAGCUGCAGCAGCAGGUGCGCGCGCCCUACCCGGAGAUCGCUUACAGGGCGUUCGGCAACCCACUCAAGUACUUGGCUACGGUAGCCAUCUUCAUCAACCAGUUUGGCUCAGGCGUGGUGUACGUGCUGCUCUCUGCCGAACUCAUCCGCGACCUCAUCAGGACGGCCGGCCUCGACAUGGUCGAGUGCUACUGGAUCUUGGUCAUCGCCGCGAUUCUCUGCCCCUGCACCUUCCUCGGCUCACCUAAGGACUUUUGGUUCAUCGGCGUGACGGCUCUGGUGUCCACCGUCUUAGCCUGGUUCUGCAUCAUCAUCCACCUGAGCAUGCACUACUCCGAGACGGUGGUCAGCGCCACCCACGUAUCUCCGACGUUCGGCACUCUCUUCCUCGGCAUGUCCACUAUCCUCUUCGCCUUCGGCGGCGCCUCUUCUUUCCCGACCAUCCAGAACGACAUGGCCGACCGCUCCAAAUUCGGCACCAGCGUGCUGUUCGGCUACUUGGGUCUGAUCACCAUGUACUUCCCGAUGACGCUGCUGGGCUACCUGGCGCUGGGCGACCAACUCAAGCCUGACCUCAUCAACGCGCUGACGCCCAACAGUUUCUUCAGGAGCGCUGCUCAGGUGUUGUUCAUGUUGAACCUGACGACGUCGCUCGUCAGCGUCAUCAGCCCCGUCUACCAGCAGCUGGAGGACAGCAUUGGCAUCCCGUCAAACUUCAACGUGCGUCGCGCGCUCUUCCGCACAGCUAUGAUGGUACUGAACGUGCUGAUCGGGGAGACGGUGCCCAGCUUUGGCAAGGUCCUCAACCUGAUCGGAGGCAGCACGCUGACGCUGAUGACCUUUAUCUUGCCGCCCAUCAUGUACCUGAGGCUGACGUCCAUGAAGAGCACAGAAAGCAAGUGGGAGCAAACCGAGGUGCCUCUUUGGGAAAAGGUUCUGCUGUCGGAGAUCAUCUUGAUCGCUACGGUCGGGGGCGUGGCCGCCACCUACUCCGCUGUGUCCGACAUUCUCGACCCGGCAUCUUUCACCAAUUCCUGCUUCAUCAGCGUCUGAAACAGCACCACCUCGGAACACCGAGUCAGCGCCUCCGUCAUCGUUCACCCGCAGUCUCCAGCAUCACAUCGCACUCUGCCCCAGCGGUCUCUUCCGGCCGCCAAGGUCACUCACCGAGGCGCCGCUCGCCACCGGCAGCUGGGACACGGGGUACAGGCAAUGUGGCCGGGUCAAUACACAUACCACGGAAAUGCA